AUGACCAUGUCGAGGCAGUCCGAGGAGAGGGCGGCCCACUUGGAGAGGCAGCUCUCCCAGAAGGAGCUGACGGUCGCGGCGCUCGAGCACGACCGCAGGACGCUGCGCAGCGAGGUCCGCUCCCUGCAGAACCUCGUGCAGGCGACGCCCGCCCUGGGCGCGAGGGUCGGCAGCACGCAGAGCGUGCUGCUGCGGAAGCCUCCCGGCGACCGCGAGCAGGACUUCGGCUUCGACCGCGUUUUCGGCCCCGACGCCGGGCAGCGGGACCUCUACGAGGAGGUGGAGCCGCUGCUGCCCGGCAUCCUGCGCGGGCUGCACCUCUGCGUCUUCGCCUACGGGCAGACGGGCUCCGGCAAGACCUACACGCUGUCGGGGCGCCCCGGCGGCGAGGGCGGGCUGACCUGGCGCUGGCAGACCUCCUGCGGCUGGUGGAGGCGCACGGCGGCGGGGCCGCGUACGACGCGUGGCUGA